GCUGCAUGACGUCCCAGCAGCUCGCGGAUUGGCUAGGGCCGGCGCUGGUCAUGUGAUCUCCGUGACGUGUCCAGGGAAGUGUCCACUGCAGGUGCUAUACUGUGUGAGACCGAAGCGCGCAGACCCCCGGAGGCCGGCAUAGUAACAGAGCUCGGACCCGCUGCAAGCUCAGUGAGCGUCGCCGUGUUGGGUCACCAGCUGCGGUCUGGCGGCGUCACCAUGAUCAAAGCCAUACUGAUCUUCAAUAACCAUGGCAAGCCCCGGCUCUGCAAGUUCUACCAGCACUACAGUGAAGAUACACAACAACAAAUCAUCAGAGAAACAUUCCAUUUAGUGUCCAAAAGAGAUGAAAAUGUUUGCAAUUUCUUAGAAGGCGGCUUGCUAAUAGGGGGCUCUGACAACAAGCUCAUAUAUCGUCAUUAUGCAACAUUAUAUUUUGUGUUUUGUGUGGAUUCGUCAGAGAGUGAGCUUGGCAUUUUAGAUCUGAUACAAGUCUUUGUGGAAACCUUGGACAAGUGCUUUGAAAAUGUCUGUGAACUGGAUUUAAUUUUCCACGUAGACAAGGUCCAUAACAUUCUUGCAGAAAUGGUGAUGGGAGGUAUGGUACUAGAAACAAACAUGAAUGAAAUUGUUACUCAGAUUGAUGCUCAAACCAAACUGGAAAAAUCUGAGACUGGUUUAGCAGGAGCUCCAGCGAGGGCUGUGUCUGCCGUAAAGAAUAUGAACCUUCCGGAGAUGCCGCGGAAUAUUAACAUUGGGGACAUCAGUAUAAAAGUGCCAAACUUGCCCUCGUUUAAAUGACCUGACCCUUCACUGUUAAUAUAAUAAUCUGAUAUGUUUACUAAAUAAAAUUUAAAAAAAUGAAAAAAAUACCUUUUAUUGAGUGAAAAGUGUAGGAAUUCUGUAGAUUAUAUGUGGAAAUGUAUAACUGAUAUAGUUUUACUCAGCAUUGCAAACACUAGGAAAAGUAUGAUUUCCAUAUUGCAUUCCUAUGCCUCUUUGAGUGCCAGAAGUACUAGCAAACUGAAUAACAAUGUCCUGUAUCUUGUAGUAGAUUGUAAUGGCACUUAAACAGUUAAGGCGUGUCUUGGCUUUUGACCUAUCCUGGAAAAAAUAUUUAAUAUGUAUUGUUGUUGUUAAAGCCACAGUGUUAUCUUUUCUAUCCACUUAACUUCUAUAAUUAGAUGCUGAGCAUUCCAUGUUGAUCUAGAUUACUUGAGAAUGUGUAGUGUACCACGCACGAGAACAGUUAGAUAAAGAUUUUUUUUUUUUUUUUUAAUUUCCAACUUAAUUAACUGGUUCUGGACUCCUUUGUGUUUGAAAAAAUAUACUACAACUUUUUUAUUAUUAUUAUUUUUAUUGGUUUCUUGCUCCUUGGCAUGGAUGGAAAUAAAAUCUAAAAUAAUAUUUGAAAACUGUAAUAAACCUGCUGAGGUUGUAGUGUCUUGGAUUUGAUGUUCUGUAAAAUAAAUAUUUUAUGAAUGUAUCGGUUGUCUAUUUCCGCCGCAUGUAAAGGUAAAGGUGGGUUUAUUUUUGCUUGUUUUGUUUUUGGUUUCUGUGUUUUUGUUUUUUAUAAGCUGAAUGUAUUGUGAGCCAAGUUACCAUUAAGUUCAAACCAUAAUCACUCUGUGUUCUGACCGUUCCCAUUUCCAUGUUCGUGUAUCAAAGGGUCAUGGAAUAAAAAUGAAUAUUCAUUAAA